AUGGAAGCGAUUUUAGGCCCGGACCUGUGGUCUCUCUUACCCUUGGAUUUGCAACCACAAGUCGAGCAGGCUUGGCAGAAUCACGAGCUGGAAGUUCAAGCUAUCCAGAGCGGUGAACGUUUCCAGACAGAAACCUUGCUCAACGAUGCGGCAACGUCAGUCUCCGAAGCAGAAGAGAAGCUCGCCAAGCUCCAAGAGGAUUAUAACGCCGUCCAAGCUCAGUUCAGUCAGAGCAAACAGCAGCUGACCGACAUCCAGAACACCAAGGCUCAACUCGAAGCCGAACUCCAGCUCAGUCGGGAAGAGGUGAAAACUCUGAGGAGUUUCAACGAGAAGUACGAACAACGUCUGAAGGAUCUCGAGGAGGAAUACCGCAAGUAUCAGGAGGAUGCCGCGGAGAGAUCCCGCCGAGAGAAGGAGGCCGCGGAGAGCGCUCAUGAGUCCUCUCUGACGGUGGUGACAUUGCAACACAAGAGCGCGAGUCUCGAGGCGGCCAACGAAUUGUUGAGUAAGCGUGUCGAUCAGCUGCAGAGUGAACUGGAAGGGGCUCAAGAUGCAUGCGCGAAGUUGCGACGAGAGAAGUAUCAAGAAGUUGCCGCGCUGCAAUCGGCAAAAGAGGAUCUUCAAGACUCGCUCUCGCAGACUACUCUCCAGCUCGAGAAACUCAGGGAGGAUCUAUCCGCCGAACGGAAAAACGUCCAAGACAUCGUGCAGGAGAAGCGCAAGGUCGAGGAAGAUAUAUCGAAGAUCGAGUCUCAGUGGGAAGCCGAACUCCGGGCUCAGAAACGUCUCACCGACACUUACAAAAUUGGUGAGGAGAAGUACAAGAUCAAGAUCGAGAAACUCCUCGCAGCGACGAACGAGCUCCAGCGACAGAACGAGACAGCAGGCAAUCAGAAACAAGAGAUCGAACUCGAAGUCGCAAAACUGCGUGCAGCCCUCACAGAGAAGGAAAAAGAAGCUGAGACGUUGAAGACACAGUUGACAGAGACCCGGGAGCUGGUCGCAACUCCGGGAGAAGAGCGCGAUCCUCUGGUUGCGCUUCAGGAGAGAAGUGACAUCGAUAGCCGGGUGGCCGCUCUGCAGAAAGACAAUGCCAUGCUCAAUCACACCGUUCGGAAGCUAACGAAAGAGAUGGAGGCUGUCGCUGAGAACAUCAUACACCAAGACACCGCUUUCAAACGGAUGAUCGGCGACAAAGAGAAAUUAGAGAAGCAAAUGACCAUCCUGAACGCCGAACGGGACCGUCUGCUCGAGGAACGGGACGCUGCCGUUCGUGAAUCGACGAAACAUCGUGUCAUAGCUGAACGUGUCGAGAAACACAACCGUGACCUGAGCAGACAGGUGCAAUGUCUCAUGGCGCAGGUGGAGAAUCGAUUCGACACCGACGCGCGCGACAUCCAAGAAUUCAGCGUUACUGAUGUCAUCAGCAAUCGCCUGGUGACUUUCACCUCCAUUCGAGAACUGCAGGAGCGGAAUGCAGAGCUACUCAGUGCUGUCAGGGAACUCGAGAGUAUCGUUGAGGAGCGCGAAAAUGAAGAUAAGCGUUCGCUCGAACUGGAGGGUCUGGUGACCCAGCUCCAGAGAGAAGUCAAACAGCUAUUGGACGAGAGAGACUGUCAGGUCGAAAUGGUUGCCGCCAUCCGGGGUCAGAACGUCGCUCAGAAAGAACGUGACGAGAGCGACACACGUGAUAGGAGAGACAUCGACAGCUUCGUUCAAGAAUUCGAGAAGAUGCGCGGUGAAAAAAAAAUUCUCCUCCUCAGGGAUCAGAAGAUCUCGUCGCUGGAGGCGAAGCUCGAGGAGCUACAGAACCAAAUCUGUCAGAAGAAGACCGAAAUCGCGGGUUUGAAAGCUCAGCUUGAGAGCUCGCGUCUCAACUACCGCCAGCUGGAAAGUCAACUGAAAACAACUCAAGUAGAGACGGAAUCGCUCCGAAAACGGAAUGCGUCGUUGCUCGCAAACGUCGAAUCGCAGGAACGCAUCGCUCGCGACCUGCAGGACUACAUCAACAACAGAGACUCGAAGAUCGAGAGUCUUGAAACGCGUCUCCUCAACGUCCAGAGCGAACUCCAUUCGAGCAAAUCGCAGUACCAGUCGAUCAGCGCCGAGUACACCGAUCUAUUGAAUAAGUCCAUGAAGCAGGCCCAUAUCAUUGUCGAGCUCCAGGAUGUCAAGAAACAAUUGGGCAAGAUGGAGGAAACAUUCCAGAGGCGACGCCAAGAAGAGGUUGAAGCCAAAGAAAAACUGCUCGAGGAGGCUCGGAAGGAGAUAGACAAACUCAAGGACAAACUGAGCAAAGCCGAAGCGGACCUGGUUGACGCUAAAAAGAGUCCGGCUUCGAGUGCGCCGCCCAAGAGCACACCCACCGUCGCAGCCUCGUCAGGAAACUUGUGUUGUGUAUCGUACAAGGAUCAAUUGACCAAAUACCAAGUGCUCACCAAAGCCCUCGAACAGCAAGUGAACGCAGAGAAAGAGAGCAACGCCCGUACGCAGAAAAUGCUCAAGGAGCUGAAGACGUGCUUGAAAGAAGCCAAAGACGCGAAUGCCGCCAACCAGGAGCGAUUGAAUUCACAGCUGAACCAGGCCCUCGAGGGAAGUACGCGACUCCAAGCUCAAAAGGAAUUGGCCGAAGAGAAAUUGGCCAAGAUGACAGAUGAGUUGUCUGCUACUAGGGCGUUCCUCAAAGAGACCGAGUCCCAAUUAACCGAAGUCCGUCUGUUGCUAGAAUCGAGUACCAAUCAAGAUACCAUUCGGAAAUUGGAAUCGGAGCUAGCGGAGAGCCGCGCCUGCUUCGAGAAAGAGUUGAUGGCGCAUGCGAAGCAGGUGGAAGAAACCGCUAAUCUGAGAGCUCGUCUCGAAACAGCCGAACGACAGCGGGACGAAGCCCGUGGCAUCGCAACCGCGGGCCAAACGAGAUCGGAACAGGAGGAGAACGCGCUCCGACAACAAGUGGGUCGACUCCAGCAGGAAAUCAAGGAUCUCAACGAUCGUCUUCAGGAGCACCGCACCAAAUACGACGAGCUCCUCGAUCGUCUGGGACCGGCCGAGGCGACGAGUUUCGUUCUCGCGAACGAUAUUGAGAAAGAAGAGCUCACGUCCGUGAUCGAGUUCCUACGGCAGGAACAGAAGCUCAAGUCGGCGGAGUUGGAUUCGCUCAUGGCUGAGAACGGAAAACUCAAACUGAAGCUGGACCGAGCCGAAUCCGAGCUGAAGAGAGCGCAGGAGGUCCAGAGUAGCCAGAGCGAUGAGAGUGUUUUCCUCACGCAGGAAAAGCAUGCGGAACUCUUGAGAAAAGUCGAACUCUGUCAGGUGUAUCAGGAGAGCAACCGGAUGCUCCGCCAAGAGCUCGAGGCCGCCAGAUCGGGCGAAGUCAGCGCUGAAGUGGAUGAGACCUUGCAGAAGGAGAACGAAAUCCUGAAGAAAGAAGUCAAGUCGUGGCAACAGAGACUCCAGAAAGCAACACAACAGCCCGUACAAUCGAACCAGUUGAAGGAGCUCGAGGAGAAGUUGAAGAAAGCCGAGACGGAUCUCGCGAAACUCACUGAAGAGAAAGGCACCGUCGAUAAGGAACUGAAGAAGAGUACCGAAAUGAUCGAAGGAUUAAGAAAGCUCGGCCGUAAGUACAAACAGAUGGCGACCGAUAAAGAGCAAGCCGUAACGGUCAAAGACGCGGAGCUAGAUAAGACUCGGACGUCGAUCAGCGAACUCCAGCAGCGGCUUGACGCUGAAAAAGCGAAACUCGACGGUUUGAACCGGGAACACCAACUCCGUGAGAACACAAUCAAGAGCCAAUUCGAGGCCAAAUGGAAGAAGCAAGAAGAGGAGCUGAAGACCUUGCGAGAGCAACUCCACGAGCCAAGUGAAUCGCCUGGCGAGCAGCCGUCGUCAUCGGUACAGCCUGUAACUCCGACAGAAGCCGUGCUUAAUCCCCCACAAAGUCAACAACAGCCUACCGUUGUCCAGCAGCUACCUCAACAGCAGUCGUCCCUGCUCCCCAGUCCAACUCAGCAGCAAAUCACUCCGCAACCUCAGAUCGUGCCUCAGCCACAGCAGCAGCAGCAGCUCCAGCCUCCGCCCCAGCUGCAGCAGCCCACGCCGACCCAACAAGCUUCUGUCGUCGCGCAACCUCAGCAACAAAUCGGAGCCGCCGCCGUGAUGGUGCGUGCGGUUCCUCAACCUCCGACGGCAUCGAUCCGCCCAAUGGCUGCGAGGCCCAGGCAGGAACCACCUCGCGUGGAAGUACACCCAAUCCAGGAAGAUACUCAGAAUCAAGUCGGAUCUCAAGUUCCACAGGUGGCCUCAGGAUCUCAGGGCCUUUCGGCUGGGGCUCCGAGUCUCGCAUCAGGCAGCAACGCUCCCCAGGUCCCCGCAGCGAGCCAAAAUACGAACGUUGUUCCCUCAUCAUCGCAAGCCGCCGGUCCCAGUCAAGGCUCCGGUUCGACCCAAGGAUUCGUCGGUGGAGCCCCGGGUCCCAGCGGAACCCAGGGAGGCAUCAAACGAGCUCAAACCGUGCCUACCGACUCUACGGAUGACGAUACGUCAGAAGCUAAGAGAGCUAGAACCGAGGCGUUCCUAUCGGAUCCACAGGAGGUUGCCGCGGCUCUAUUGGCCGAGGAGGAGGCCGCCGAGGAGCAAGUGCCCCAGGAAGAAGCGAUUGAGGCCGACGCACCUGAGGAGGAUCUCGUUCUCGAACUGGCCAACGACGACGGGGCUGGGGAUCAGCAGGCACUCGUUGAACAGCAGGGAUUACCUCUAGCGACUCUGAGCAAUCCAGGAGCUGACGAUGGCAUUGUGCCUUGUACCCCCACCCUGGUUUCUGGUGAGGACGGAGCCGCUUCUUCGUUCGUCUUCCAAACCACGGCUUCGUCAUUCACGCCGAGCACCGCCGAGCCUCAGAGCAAUCAGGAACCGUCAAUGGAGACUCAACAGGAGAGUAAUCAAGAGGUGCGGAAUGUACCGACCAAUCCUCAGCAGAAUAUUCCUGCGGGAGGCUCGUCCGAAGCGCCUCAGGACGCCGAGGAAGAGCAGCCAUCUGCGGAUAACCCCGCCCCACCCGCAGAGAGCCAGAACCGCCCGCGGCGAAUCACAUGGCAACAUGCGGGAAUUCCUCACAUGCAGGGAGGUCAUCCGCCUCCGCGAGGUCGUGGAGGCCCAGGACGCGGAAUGAGACGUCCUCCCAUGCGCAACAACAAUGUCUGGCGUCGGAACUAG